CCGCCCAAGUUCCCCCCCCCACCCCUAGUCUGUUCCCCAAUCCUGCUCGCAUCUGUUCUCGACUUUCCUUCUGUCCGGCCCGCCUGGGUUCGAUGACAUUCCCCUUUUUCCCGCCGUGGGGGGUUAGUUGUGAGUGAGAAGAGUCCCGAGUUAAAUAUCAUUGCUGCUAUUUGUUUCUUGGAUCAUCGCAACGUGCCAGGCAGGCGCGCUUAAGCAUUUGUAUCUCCAUGAUUUUCAGUCGGCUGCAGAGAAAUCUUCUCAGUGUGGACUCCGUCAGCAGCCAGGCCAUGGAACUGUCUGAUGUCACCCUCAUCGAGGGUGUGGGGAACGAGGUGACAGUGGUGGCCGGCGUGGUGGUCUUGAUCCUAGCCUUGGUCCUGGCCUGGCUCUCUACCUAUGUAGCCGACAGUGGCAACAGCCAGCUCCUGGGCACUAUUGUGUCAGCAGGCGACAGCUCCGUCCUCCAUCUGGGGCACGUGGACCAUCUGGUGGCAGGCCAGAGCACCCCUGAGCCAGCCGAACUCUCCCUCCCUUCGGACGGGCAUGAGGAGAAAGCUGAAGAAGGGGGUGAAGGUGGGGGAGGCUCCCCAGGGGAGCCUGGUGCCGGGGGUGGGGUGGAGCCCAGUCUGGAGCAUCUUCUUGACAUCCAAGCUCUGCCCAAAAGACAAGUGGGCCCCGGGAGCAGCGGCCCAGAGCCCUCCUUGAGAGCAGAGGAGAGCGCCUGUGUCCCAGCUAAUGCUGGCCUCAUCAGCGUGCGGCUCAAAUUCCUCAACGACACGGAGGAGCUGGCGGUGGCCAGGCCAGAGGAUACUGUGGGUGCACUGAAGAGUAAGUACUUCCCUGGACAAGAGGGUCAGAUGAAACUCAUCUACCAGGGCCGUCUGCUGCAGGACCCGGCCCGCACCCUGCGCUCCCUGAACAUUACCGACAACUGUGUCAUCCACUGCCACCGCUCACCCCCAGGUGCCAGCGUGCCGGGCCCCUCAGCUGCCCUGGCCCCCUCCUCGACCACUGAGCCACCUAGCUUGGGCAUCAGCGUGGGCAGCCUCAUGGUGCCGGUGUUUGUGGUGUUGUUGGGUGUGGUCUGGUACUUCCGGAUCAAUUACCGCCAGUUCUUCACUGCACCAGCCACGGUCUCCCUGGUGGGGGUCACUGUCUUCUUCAGCUUCCUAGUGUUCGGAAUGUACGGACGAUAAGGAUGGGAGAAAAUGAAAGGCAUGGUUUUCCUUCUGCACAGCCACCCCUUUCCUGGCCAGAGCUGGGCCCAAGGGCUGGGAGGGAGGGUUGGAAAGGUAACAGGGUCCUCCCUGCAGGAUCAGGAGGCAGGUGGAAGGCCUGUCAUGUCCAUGAGGGGACAGCCUCCCCCCACCCCCCUGCAAGCACAACCCGGAAGUGGGGAUAUCUUCUUCCUUCACUUGUAGGGUCCAAAGGGACAGGGAUGGGCUAGUAGCCCUGCAGUGUGGGGAGCUGGGUUUUGAGGACCCCUCCUGGCUGUGGCCCUUGCU